AUGUUCAAACGCCUCGUCGUCCUAAUCUUCAAUGUCAUCUUCCCACCAGCCGCGGUGUUCCUGUUAACGGGCUUCGGGGCCGACUUCGCCAUGAACUGCUUCCUGUUCAUCCUGGCUGUGAUCCCGUCGCACAUCCACGGCAUGUACAUCAGCUUCGUGUACUUCCGGCGCAAGAACAAGGUGCGGAAGGGGAGGUGGCCCGGCCGCCGGCGCGGGCUCAUCUACAGCGACAAGGUGCAGAACGGCGGGGCGACGCGGGCGCAGCUCGAGGACAUCCGGAGAAACGAAGAGGAGCGCGCGGCGGGGCGGAGGGACGGAAAGAAGGUCGCGAGGGAGUGGAAGAGGACGGCUUGA